AUGGCAAACUACAGGGCAGGAUUCCUUUUAUACUUAUGUAUUACUUCUUCUUUCUGGCAUUUCUCAAAUGGACGAAACGUUAAUUUUAAUUUUCCUCCCAAAACGGAUAUCCAUCUGUCAGGAGAUGCUUCCAUUAAUAUGGACGUGAUCCAGCUUACAACAUGCCAAUUCAACAACAAUAGCGCAGGGAGCAUCGGGUGGUCAAUAUCUGCCAACAUCAUUCCUUUGUGGGACGAUUGCUCUCAGGUUCCUGCAAGUUUUUCUACACAUUUCCAAUUCAGGAUGCCCGGAUGUGGUGUUAAUCACAGCGGAGACGGACUCGCUAUGUUUUUCGCUCCCCCUGACUUCCAGUCCUCUGAUGGUGAUCCUGGUGAAUGUCUCGGCCUGUUUAAAACUGAAACAGACGGGAACUCAUCCAAUCAGAUUGUGGCUGUGGAGUUCGAUUCUUUCUAG